UAUAUGGCAGUUAUUUCUCAUCUGUUCUUGAAGUGCUUUGGAUUGUGGCAUUUGUUGCAUCUACUUUUGGCCGACUUAAUUUUGUCAGACAGGUUCUAUUUAAGUGAUUUCUCAACUGAACAGGUCUGGAGGUAAUCGGGUUUGGAUGAGGUCAGUGAAAAUGAACUCAGCUUUGCCAAAAAUGUGAUUAUCCACAGUUAAUUUAAUCUUUAGCAAGGGGGCAAUUACUUUUCAGUUUUCACACAGGGCCAAGUAGCUUUGAAGUUUUUUGUUUUUUUUUUCAAAACUGCAUUUUAUAUUUAUUUUUGGGACCGCGUCCGCCCCAGUGCCUGUCGCCGGGCCACCCCCUCAGCAGCUCCACGCUGUUGUGUCGGAGGGCCGGCCGCCCCUCGCCGGGUCGCUCGCGAUCAUUGUUCCUCCGCAGCAUUAACCACAUUCCACUGGGGCGCAGCGCAUCCGUCUCCAUCCCCCGCAUUCCUUUGGCGCGAACGAGUCCCCCCGGUCGGUCUCCUUCCACGGAAAACCACAUUUCGCCGCCCUCCGUUUUCACUCCCCAACCCCUUUUGUGACGGUUUUUUUUUUUUUUUUUUUGCAUUUAGUUUCGUCGCCUCGUCUCUAGUCCCGCUCACUUUAUUGUCCGCGUAGGGAGAAAUGUAAGACUGCCAAACUCCAACCAGCGAGGUGAAAUUCCUCCGCGCAGCGCGCCAUUGACUGUAAAGGACCUUUCAACUUAACAACAACAACAACAACACAAAAAAAAAACCUCAAGUUGACAAAACGUUGGCUCGGAAGCGCACUUAAAAGUCUUCCCCUCCUAAGCCCCCCGACAGCCCGAAACGGAGCGGAUAUGCGACCGACUACGACGGGGAAAGACACCUUAGCGACGCUGCGUUUGGAUUUUUCGCCGUGUUUCGUGCCUCCUGAAUGGACCUCCGCUAGUAGUCAGCGGUAACUCGUUUCCGGACUACAAAAAACUACAACAACAACGAGAACAAGAACAUGGAGCACUACGAGCACGACGUGGCUCUCCGUGCCGGCCAAAUGAUGGACGAGCUAUCCUUGUACGGUGCCUACCGCCGCCAGGACGCCGCGGGAAGGGAUUUGGACUCUGCGGCCACCACGCUCCGGCAGCAGCAUCACACGGUGGAGAACUUCACGUCGGCGAACAAAGUGUACAACGCGGCUCCGGUGCGUCCGGUCCAGUGCGGCCGGAGCGUCCCGGUGGAUUUCUGCACCCCGCAGCGGGAGGCGGGUUACGCCGAGGAGGGCUGCUGCAAGUCCGAGGUGGCGCUGCCCUGCUACACCGGCGCCUCCGAGAGGCAACGGCGUUACUCGCUGGAGGUGCACCGGUACAGCACCGGCUCCGCGUUCGACGCCCUUCACAAGCCGUCGCCGCUGCCCGGCAACAGGUGCAACAGCGUGUGCGUGGACGGCAGGCAUCACAGCCCGCGCUCCAGCCUGGCGUCCUCCUCCGCCAGCCCACGGGCGAGCUUGGUGGCGGCGGCUGCGGUGCCCGGCUUGGUGCACUGCGAGGGGUCCGGCGUCCUGAGCCCGAGAUCCAGCUACGCGAGCACGGCCAGUGACACCAGCAAGCACUCCAGCCCAAGGACCAGCCUGAAUAGCUGCGACUGCUGCAGCAAGCCCAGCAGCAACCGGACCAGCGGCAUCAGCAUGGGCUACGACCAGAGGCACGUCAGCCCAAGGUCCAGCACGGCCAGCCAGUACUCCUUCACCACCAGUCCCAGGUCCAGUUACUCGGACUCGCGCUACGGACCCCACGUCAGGGAUGAUUUCGAGGCAGCCGCCCCCCUUAUGGCAAGCCCCAGAUCCAGCAUCUGCAGCCAGGACGGGAGUGCCAGAGCUCCCGUUUGCGUUCUCAGUCCCCGCUCCAGCAUCUCCAGUCACAGCUCGAGGAGCUCCCGCAGCUCCAGGGGGUCCAUGAGCACCUAUCCGGACCUGCAGCUGCCCUCGCCCAGGGCAUCCAUGCUCGGGGGACACGACGACUCGUUCCUGCAGGAGCUGGGCGAUCCCAACGGGAUGCAUCCUGGCCUUCACGUCCAAGAGCACCCUUCGUCCCUCGAUGUGACCUCCAAAACGCCUACUGCGAGCCAGAGGUUCAAGAUGCCUUAUCAAGUGACCCCGAGCCGGGAGAACGGGCCCAGUCAGGCUGAGAGGCGGCUGGAGGCGCUCACCUUAGAGCUGGAGAAGGAGUUGGAGAUGCACAUGAAGAAGGAGUACUUUGGCAUUUGCAUUAAAUGCGGGAAAGGCGUGUACGGAGCCAGCCAAGCCUGCCAGGCCAUGGGGAAUCUUUAUCACACCAAUUGCUUCACCUGCUGCUCCUGUGGGAGGCGAUUACGCGGAAAAGCCUUCUACAAUGUCAAUGGAAAGGUCUACUGUGAAGAGGACUUUUUGUACUCCGGUUUCCAGCAGACGGCCGAGAAGUGCUUCGUGUGCGGCCACCUCAUCAUGGAAAUGAUCCUCCAGGCGCUGGGCAAGUCCUACCAUCCAGGCUGUUUCCGCUGUGUGGUUUGUAAAGAGGGUUUGGACGGGGUGCCCUUUACUGUGGACAUGGAGAACAACAUCUACUGUGUCAAAGACUACCACACGGUUUUCGCUCCCAAGUGUUCCUCCUGCAACCAACCCAUUCUCCCAUCUCAGGGUUCUGAGGAGACCAUUCGGGUUGUCUCAAUGGACAAGGACUACCAUGUGGAAUGUUAUCACUGUGAGGACUGCGGCCUCCAGUUAAACGACGAGGAGGGUCACCGCUGUUACCCUCUGGACGCUCACCUGCUCUGCCAUGGCUGCCACAUCCACCGACUGCAGUCCAUGAUUCCGGGGCACUCGCCCCCGAGCUACCCGCUCCACGUCACCGAGUUGUGAAGAGGAGGGGGAAAAAGGGUGCAUCGCCAACCCCCAUCUAAUUCCCUUCGUCUGAGAUCCUAACAUUAUUGAUUUGCCCAUCAUACCAGUGUGGGCUUACCAUUUUCCAUAUGUGCUCUACUGCUUCCUUACUGAUGGUUAUAUGAACGCUGCCUUAGGGGCCAUCACUGGCUGGAGCAGCCAGUCCCAGUGUGACCACGUCGUGCCGGUCUCCCAGCGACCCGUGCUGAACUGUAAAGGGAAAGGUGGCCGCAGAGGCAAAUCCGCCCCACCCUCUGAGCAUCCAUAUGUGAAUCCUCGUUUUCUGCCCACCCCCUUCUUACCCCGAUGCCCACUACUGAUGACCCCACAUUUUCAUUCCAAGGGCUAUAUAUAUAAAUAUAUUUAGAGGGCCACUGCUGGCUGGACCAGUUCCAGUGUGUAAAGGUUGUGCCCAUCUCCCGUUUCUGUGGGGUGUCCAGGUGGUGCUUCUACCCACCAAUGGGGUUACACACAGCCUCUGUCUAUCCCCCCUCCCCCCACUCUUGUUGACCUCACCACUUCAUUUUGAUGGAUGAAUUACUACCCACCGCCCAGAGGGGCCACCGCUGGCCGGAUAGGAAAGACCCAGCGAGGCCAUAUUGUGCCUUCAGAGCGGGCUCUCCACAUAGCCGCUAACACCAACCUGAGUUCCAUUUUGACAUCAAGCCAACCCUGCCCCUGUGGCAUCCCAUUCCAUUAACACUGACAUUCCACGUCGACGUCUUUAGACAAGACUGCCAGAUUUUCACUGUCUUGAUGAAUGAUGAAAAUACAGUGCUAGGUGCGUGUACACACAGACCCAAUACAGAUACAUAUCCCCCAUAUAGUGGAACCUCGAUUAAAACGUAUCCUGAUAUAAUGGAUGUCAGAUAAAACAAUAAGAUAGACCAUCGGGACUGAAAAAUGUGUCCAAAAAUAGUUUCCAUUUGUCACUUGAACGGUCAUUGACAACUUGACAAUUGGCCGUUGUUGUUUAUGAGCAUUGUGGCACAACGCAGGCAGAGAAUAGGACUGAGUUUUUUUUUUUUUCCAGGUCACAGAUAUACAUGUACAAAAUGACUAGAUUCACUUCCAAAAGAUGUUCCUCCCAUGCCUACGUGGAAGCCAUGUUGAAUGUAGGGGAUUGACGUGGCCUUCGUGGGUAUUCUCCAGAUACUCCGUUUUUCUCCCGCAUUCCAAAAACAUGCAUGGUAUCUUAAUGGACUACUCUAAAUUGUCCUAAAUUUUACAAAUUUAUGAUUGUGAGUGUGAAUUGGUGUUUGUUUUCCUUGUGAUUGGCUGGCCAGCAGUUCGGGUAUACCCAGUCUCUCGCCCGAAGGCAGCUAGGUUAAGCGACAGCACACCUUCAUUUAUAUAUAUAUAUAUAUAUAUAUAUAUAUAUAGAGAGAGAGAGAUUUUUUUUUUUACAGAGUUGCCAAUCUAUAGUAAUUCACUUCCAAAACAAUUCACCCAAAUUAGUCAGAAUUUUCAUAUUUCAAAAUUUGAUCAAGAACAUUACCGCUGAACCGUUAUUGCAGGAUAUUAUGAAAUCGUAUUAAAACUGUUCUUCAUCCUGUUAAAUUGUUCAACAUAAGAAUUACACUUUCAGUGUGGUUAUUAAUAAAUUAUGGCUUCAAUCUUUGUUAUAUUAAGAUAUUGAUCACAUCAACCUUGUAAUGGUGGACGCAGUUGCAGCCUGAAUCAAAGUAUGCAAUAUUUUGACAGGGCAUCUUCAAAAAUAUGUGUUAGUAUGGAUUAAUUGGCCUUUGCCAGUUAAAUUAUUGCUAAUGUAGGUAUUAUUAUUAUCAUUAUUAUUAAUGUGCCUAGGUUAAAAGGGACAAAAGCAAGCCUAUUAAACUAGGAUUAUCAGAUCUCAAAAUGGCAAUUCAGCAUUCUUGCAAACAACAUUCCUCAUAGAUGCAUGGACAAUAGUUUGGAUUUCUAUUUUGUGAAUGUACUUUUAUAGACCUCUCUUGCAUGCUAUUUAUAUUAUAUAUUUAUAUUUCCAAUGUCCACUAUUACUACUGAAAUGAUGGCAAUUUCCCCAAUGUAAAGGAUAUCUUACUGACAGCAUAUUACAAAUAUUUAUUAUGAAUAAUAAUGUACUGUUAACCUCUCUCAGAAACUCUCGUUUCAGAUGACAUCCCCAGCGACAUAAUUAAUUCAUUUCCAGUUCAGGGGGCGUCUUGUGAGGCUGUCAAUUAUUUUACAUUUCCAUUUCCAGAUGCAUUUUAAUCGGCUUACUCUGUUGUUGAAACUUGCUUCCUCUCCAUCAUUCCGCAUUUCCAGCCAGACCGACUUAAGAUGAGUAUUGCUUAUUUGGCUGUUUUGCCACUUCACGGCACGAGUUUAGCAAUUAGCAUAAUGCUUUUCCAACGGGCCCCUCGCCCUCUCGUUGCGAAAACCUAAACGAUAUGUGUAAGAAAUGUAGUUUAUUCGGUCCCGUGGAGGCGAUGAUUGGUGACUUAAAUGCCAAACUCAAAGAGAAUUUUUGUGUCUGUGGCUUGGCGGCCCCAAGCAGGUUUUUUUCCCCCCAUACUCUUCUUUUUUUGUAUGUUUUUAAAACAUUGUGUUUACUUCAUCAAAUCCAUGUAUGUAUGAUGGUGCGACACAGCCUGUAUUGGCCAGUAAUGUAGGACGCUGGACUUUUUUCCACCCUAAUAUUAAACAAUCACUGUUACAGCAUAAUAAAAUCAUUGAGCAAUUUCCGUGAUGAAAUAUCUCUUUCUCUCUCUCUCUCUCUCUCUCUCUCU